GUUUUAGUCCUUCGUUGCGGAGGAUUAAACCCCAGACAACAAAUCUCCAGUCUACGCUUCCAUUUUUUCUCACAGGCAAAACCCUCAGAAACCCUAAUUCCGCCAUGUACAGAGUCGCCGCGGCUGCCAUUUCUUCAUCGAUAAGAUCAUCUACUUCCAGAAAGCUGGCAUGUGGUGGGAUUGUGCAUAGCAGAAAUUAUGUAGCCAAGGAUAUUAGUUUUGGUACCGGAGCUCGAGCUGCUAUGCUCGCCGGAGUUAAUGAACUUGCCGAAGCUGUGAAAGUGACAAUGGGGCCAAAGGGUCGUCAUGUAAUUAUUGAAAAAACUGGGAAUCCCAAGGUCACAAAGGAUGGUGUCACAGUAGCCAAAAGCAUCGAAUUUUCAGACAAGGCAAAAAAUGUCGGAGCAGAUCUUGUGAAGCAGGUUGCCAAUGCUACCAAUAAAGUUGCUGGUGAUGGUACCACCUGUGCUACUGUACUGACUCAGGCGAUAUUCAGAGAAGGUUGCAAAUCAGUUGCCGCAGGUGUAAAUGUAAUGGACUUGCGCAAAGGCAUAAACAUGGCUGUUGAUGCAGUUAUCGCAGAUUUGAAAAGCAGAGCAAUCAUGAUCAGUACGCCUGAAGAAAUCACACAGGUGGCUACUAUCUCCGCAAAUGGUGAGCGUGAAAUUGGUGAGCUUCUAGCACGGGCUAUGGAGAAAGUUGGAAAGGAAGGAGUAAUUACUGUUGCUGAGGGAAAUAUCCUGGACAAUGAGUUGGAAGUGGUGGAGGGAAUGAAACUAGCUCGCGGUUAUAUAUCUCCUUACUUUGUUACAGAUGCAAAGACCCAAAAGUGUGAACUUGAAAAUCCUCUGAUCUUAAUUCACGAGAAGAAAAUUUCAGACAUGACCGCACUUGUGAGAGUAUUGGAGAUUGCUGUGAAGAGAAGUCGUCCUCUGCUAAUCGUUGCAGAAGAUGUGGAAAGUGAGGCACUUACUAUGCUUAUUUUAAACAAGCACCGUGCAGGAUUGAAGGUCUGUGCUGUGAAAGCUCCUGGAUUUGGAGAUAACCGAAGAGCAAGUUUAGAAGAUGUUGCCAUUCUCACUGGAGGGGAGGUCAUUGGUGAAGAAUUUGGAGCGAGUCUUAACAAAGUUCAGAUUGAUAUGCUUGGUUCUGCUAAAAAGGUCACUGUUUCUCUUGACGACACUUUAAUUCUACAUGGCGGUGGGGAUAAGAAACUGAUAGAAGAAAGAUGUGAGCAGCUAAGAACUGCCAUGCAGAAGAGUACGGCGGUGUUCGACAAGGAGAAAGCGCAAGAACGGUUAUCAAAGUUGUCUGGUGGUGUUGCAGUUUUCAAGGUUGGAGGGGCUAGUGAAGCAGAAGUUGGAGAAAGGAAAGAUAGGGUAACAGAUGCUCUGAAUGCAACUAGAGCUGCUGUUGAAGAGGGAAUUGUUCCAGGGGGUGGUGUUGCUCUUUUGUAUGCGACGAGAGUUCUUAGAGACCUCCAAACUGCAAACGAGGACCAAAAAAGAGGGGUUGAAAUUAUAGAGAAUGCUCUUAAGGCACCUACUUUUACAAUUGCCUCGAAUGCCGGUGCUGAUGGAGCGCUAAUUCUUGGAAAGCUAUUGGAACAAGAUGAUCUGAAUUUAGGCUACGAUGCUGCUAAAGGUGAAUAUGUAAACAUGGUGAAGGCUGGGAUAGUCGACCCCGUAAAAGUCAUUAGAACAGCUUUGUUAGAUGCUGCAAGUGUGUCAUUGUUGUUGACGACGACGGAGGCGAUUAUUGCCGAUGCUCAAGGACAGAAAAAUCCACUUAAAAACCGGAUGCCGAAUAUGGAUGCUAUGGGUGGGUAUUAACUUUAAGACUUACAACACUCUUUGACUUUUUUGCUAUUAUGAUUAUAUAUUAUACAGAGGCUAAUUAUUUUUUCAGACACUUCGAUAUCUAUCUAGGUUAAUUAUUGUCCCAGCAAAACAAUCCAUUUUUACUAUAUGUUCCUUAGUUUUCUUU